AACUUCCCCUCGAACACAGCUUACAACUUUUUUUCAUGUACUAAAGAUCAAUUUUCAGGAUAAUGCAAUUUACAAGAUUUCUCUCUUUUUUACCUGACCUUUUGGUUUGAAAACGCGCUAAAAACAAAAUUCCGGCGAAGAGUUGGAGUUGAUCAAGGCAGUCCAAUGAGUUCGAAUUCCAGAGCAAGCACUGAGGUAUUGAUCCCUAAGAAAUGGAAUCACAAGGAGACUUCUUCUCCUGAAAGAAACAUCAUUUGGAUUGAACCAAAACCUAAUAAGGGUUUGAAAAGUGUUCCUGUUAUAUAUUAUCUAUCCAGAAAUGGCCAACUUGAGCAUCCUCAUUUCAUCGAAGUUCCUUUCUCUUCUUCAGACGGACUCUAUCUCAGAGAUGUGAUAAAUCGGUUGAAUUUUCUGAGAGGAAAAGGCAUGGCGUAUUCGUUCUCUUGGUCCUGCAAGCGGAGCUACAAAAAUGGAUACGUGUGGCACGAUGUAUCUGAGAACGACUUGAUUCAUCCAACGAACGGACACGAUUAUGUUCUCAAAGGAUCGGAGCUUCUAGAAACUUCAAUGAGUUCACGAUUUUGUGAGAUUUCGUUACCUGAAUCGCGGAAAUCACCUUCCGAUUCAGAUGAAAAUCAUGAUUCUUCUUCUUCUUCGACUAAGGCUAGGAGGAGGAGGAAUCAGUCGUGGAGUUCAUUUGAAAAUCCUCAACAAGAGUACAGACUAGUGUACAAGUGCGAGUCAAGCAGAGAAAUGGCUGGAAAAUCCAUGUCGGUGGCGACACAGACGGAGGAGAAGAGAAGGAAGGCUGGAAUAGUGAGGGAGCAGGAGAACAAGAGUGUGGAGCUGAGCAGAGAAGAAUUGUCUCCGCCGUCGAUGUCUAGCUCCGACGGAGUGGACGGUGGUAGUGGAUCGAAGUACGUUAAUGUUGGAGAUCAAACGGCUGAGAAUGAAUUUAGCAGUGGUAGAAUGAGUGCUUCUAGAGUUGUGAUGCAACUUAUCACAUGUGGAUCGUCCACCAUAGUAAAAGGCAAAAAUAGGACCAAAUAUUGAUUUAUUAUUUGAUUUAAGAUAAGAGUUCAAGUAAUAUAGAUGGUUGGUGUAAAAU